AUGGUUACGACUUCGUUCAAACUCAACAAUGGCCUGCAGAUGCCGGCUGUUGGUCUCGGCACAUGGCAAUCCCAAGCUGGUGAGGUCAAGACUGCCGUUUCCUACGCGCUGCAGAACGGCUACAAGCUCAUCGACGGCGCCUACUGCUACGGCAACGAGGACGAGGUUGGCGAGGGCCUCAAGGAGGCUUUCGCGGCGGGAGUCAAGCGCGAGGACGUCUUUGUCGUGACGAAAGUGUGGGCGACUUACAACACUCGCGUUGCGGAGGCGCUGGACAAGAGCUUGAAGAGCCUGGGGCUGGAAACAGGCAACCACGAUAAGUUCCCUACUCUACCGGGCGGCAAGCGAGAUGUGAUCCACGACUACAACCACGUCGACGGCUGGAAGCAAAUGGAGGCCGCUCUCGCGUCUGGCAAGACCAAGUCUAUCGGCGUUAGCAACUACAGCAAGCGAUAUCUCGAGCAGCUCCUCCCCAACGCCACCGUAGUCCCCGCCGUCAACCAGAUUGAGAACCACCCCAGCCUCCCCCAGCAGGAGAUUGUCGACUUUUGCAAAGAAAAGGGCAUCCACGUCAUGGCAUACAGUCCUCUGGGCAGCACGGGCAGCCCUCUCAUGACCGCAGAGCCGGUGGUCAAGAUUUCCGAGAAGAAGGGCGUUUCCGCAGGAACAGUCUUGCUAAGCUACCACGUCAACCGUGGCAGCACAGUUCUCGCAAAGUCUGUUACGCCAUCGCGCAUCAAGUCCAACUUGGAGAUUGUCACUCUCGACGACGAGGACAUGAAGCUGUUGAACGACUAUUCAGACGACCUGACCAAGAAGGGCGAGCUGAAGCGCUACGUCUACCCGCCGUUUGGCGUUGACUUUGGCUUCCCCGAUAAAUCACAAAGUAGAGCAUAG